CUACUUUCCAAGCUACUUUAUUCUCGAUCCUUUCUGAAUGAGAUCUUCAACGAACAACCAAAACUCCUUUAUUAUUACCUCGUUCAUUCCCUGAUGGCGGUUCAGGAGGAGGUCGGGCCAUCAAUACCUCUGUUUGAACCGUUUCUUCAUUGAUGGACUGUUUUUGCCUUGAACUCCGGCGUGAACCUUCUCUCUUCCCAUCCCCACCGAGUAGCCCUCCAUUGUCCAGCUUUUCCUUCACCAAAGGCGUUGAAAACGAGCCGCCACACACCGUCACACGCAGGCCUUCGCCAAACAGACACGACUAUCCCCAAUCGUGUGUAGCACUGUAUGGGUAUUUGUGCCUCCGACCUGAUUUUGCUCCGUUUCGCCGGCUAAUGGACUUACGCCUGCGACAAAUACCAGAGCAAUGGUACAGGGAACGGGAUGGGUACAAGGAUUAUAAAUCAAAUAACGGGGCAAGUACGGGUAAUGGUAUACCCGAUCUUGAAUUGCCCCGUUGCAAUCCCUAGAUGAGAGUAUGGCUAUGUAGAGAGCAAAGUGGAGGGCGCACAUUCGUGUGGACGAUUGGUCUCUUUUCUAUCUUCCCUCUCUCGUUUUCUUUUAUCGCUUAUCUUUUUAUAUUUUUAUGUUAUUUUUUAUCUUCUAGAUUUUUUAUAAUCUUUCAUCUCUUUACUAUUAUCUUUCUUAUAUUCUCAUGUUAUUAUUAUCUUAUACUAACUCCGUCCCCCUAUUAUUGAGACGGAAGGAAGUGGUGUGAUUUUUAGGAAAAGUAGAAUUAUGUAGUUGAUAGUGAGUUAAUAAAGUGAGAAUAAAGUAAGAAUAAAUUAGAGCCACAUAAAUAUUACCAAAUAUGGUACGAGACAAAUAGUAGACAAUAAUAGAGGGACAUCCAAAAAUGGUAAAAUGAGACAAUUACAAAGGGACGGAGGGAGUAUUUAUUAAUCUUUAUCUUAUCCACUUUAUCUUACUUUUUUGUUUCUUCUUGUAUGUCUUCUGUUUUUUGCAUCGAUAUCAUGGAUUGAUUCAUGUUAGCCGACCCCAAUAUCUUUUGGGAUUAAAACUCGGAUGUUAUAGUUAAUCGACCCCAAAAUCAAUUCCAGAAAAUAAAAUACGAGUAAAAAUUACUGGCAAACUAAAAACCAUUAUUCAAAAGAUAACCUAAUACUUGCCUCCAAUUCGUUGCUCUACCAUAGUAAUAAUGUCAUCUCCUUUUGUUCUUAGUUUCUUCCUUGGUUAAAAAAGAUUUUCUUUCCACUACAGUGAUGGAAAACUCAUUGAAAAUCAAGAAGCCAUGAAAAACG